CUCUUCUUUCAUCUGUUUUAACACGAUCCCCUAUUUGCACCAGGUGUUGUACAAAUAAUUCUAAUCCUCACUCGCAAGCUUCAACAAUGGUUUCGUGGCAGAUUGGGAAAUCGAUGCGAUCUCACAAGUGCAUCACAAUUCAACACAAACGGUUCUAGGUUUUUUAGAGAGAGAAACAUAAGAGUUUUAGAGAGAGAGAGACGGGAAAUGGAGAAGUCUUGCACACUGCUUGUUCACUUUGACGACGGAACACCUGCACUCGCGAAUGAGAUCAAAGGAUCUUUAGAGGGGAAUGACAUGCACGCGAAAAUCGACGCCAUGAAGAAAUCUAUCAUGCUUUUACUGAAUGGCGAAACCAUACCCCAACUCUUUAUCACCAAAGUCCGAUAUGUAUUGCCCUCCGAUGAUCACACAAUUCAGAAACUAUUGCUUCUUUAUUUUGAGAUGAUGGAAAAAACGGAUUCAGGAGGGAAGGUACUUCAGGAGAUGAUUUUAAUCUGUCAAAACUUACUGAACAAUCUGAAUCACUCCAAUGAGUAUAUCCGGGGUGUCACUCUCCGGUUCCUUUGUCGCCUACGUGAAACUGAGAUUAUCGAGCCAUUGAUCCCCACAGUUUUGUUGAAUUUAGAACAUCGCCACCCAUUUGUUCGGAGAAAUGCAAUUCUCGCUGUGAUGUCAAUAUAUAAGCUUCCCCAAGGGGAGCAGUUAUUAGAACAUGCCCCUGAGUUGAUUGAGAAGGUGCUUUAUACAGAACAUGACCCGUCAGCUAAGCGGAAUGCAUUCCUUAUGUUGUUUAAUUGUGCCCAAGAUCGGGCGGUCAAUUACCUUUUCACUAAUAUUGAUAGAAUCAAUGACUUGGGUGAACAACUUCAGAUGGUGGUGUUGGAGUUGAUCCGUAAGGUUUCCAGAGCAAACAGGGGAGAAAAGGGGAAGUAUAUAAAGAUUAUUAUAUCAUUGCUUAGUGCCCCUUCGACAACAGUAAUCUAUGAAUGUGCUGGGACUCUUGUUUCCCUCUCCUCGGCCCCAACGGCCAUCACAGCUGCUGCUAACACCUAUUGCCAGCUUCUGCUCUCGCAGAGUGACAACAAUGUUAAGCUUAUUGUGCUUGAUCGUCUUAAUGAGCUUAAAUCAUCGUAUAGACAUAUUAUGGUCCAUAUGAUAAUGGAUGUUCUUAGGGCACUUUCUACCCCAAAUCUGGACAUUCGCAGGAAAACAAUUGACAUUGCUCUUGAAUUGAUAACUUCCCAGAACAUUGAUGAAGUUGUUCUUAUGCUAAAGAAGGAAGUCAUGAAGACUCAGAAUGCAGAGCUCGAGAAGAAUGGGGAAUAUAGGCAAAUGCUUGUUCAAGCCAUUCAUUCUUGUGCAAUCAAAUUUCCUGAGGUGGCAAGCACAGUUGUGCAUCUUUUGAUGGAUUUCUUGGGUGACAGCAAUGUUGCUUCAGCUGUGGAUGUGGUUCUCUUUGUGCGGGAGAUUACCGAAACAAACCCAAAAUUGAGGGUCUCUAUAGUGACAAGGCUUUUGGACACUUUCUAUCAGAUCCGUGAUGCAUGUGUGUGUUCUUGUGCUCUUUGGAUCAUUGGUGAGUACUGUUUUUCACUUUCUGAAGUAGAAAGUGGAAUUGCGACUAUCAAGCAGUGCCUUGGGGAACUCCCAUUCUAUGUAGUUACAGAGGAAGGGGAGGGUCAAGAUGCUUCGAAGGAUUCUCAGCAGGUAAACUACACCACUGUAUCUUCAAGAAGGCCUGCCAUUCUUGCUGAUGGGACCUAUGCUACCCAGAGUGCUGCACUAGAAACUGCUAUUUCACCUCCAACCCUAGUUAAAGGGUCAUUGGUGUCAGUUGGUAACUUGAGAUCGCUGAUUCUUGCUGGUGAUUUUUUCCUUGGUGCGGUUGUGGCAUGCACACUGACAAAACUGGUAUUGAGAUUGGAAGAGGUUCAGCCAGCUAAAGUUGAAGUGAACAAAGAGACUACACAGGCCUUGUUGAUCAUGGUUUCUAUGCUGCAACUGGGACAAUCCUUAUUUCUUCCCCACCCAAUUGAUAAUGAUUCUUAUGAGAGGAUUGUCCUUUGCAUUAGAUUGCUAUGUAAUACUGGUGACAAGAUAAGGAAGAUAUGGUUGCAGUCUUGCCGACAGAGUUUUGUGAAAAUGCUUGCUGACAAGCAGUUUCGUGAAACAGAGGAAGUUAAAGCAAAGGCUAAUAUCUCCGCCCAGCCAGAUGAUCUUAUUGACUUCUACCACUUGAAGAGCAGGAAGGGUAUAAGUCAGAUUGAGUUGGAAGAUGAGGUGCAAGAUGAUCUAAAACGUGCUACUGGAGAGUUCAUGAAGGAUGGUGAUGAAGCAAAUAAACUUAAUCGCAUUCUUCAGCUCACAGGGUUCAGUGACCCUGUUUAUGCUGAAGCAUAUGUCACUGUUCAUCAUUAUGACAUUGUCCUUGAUGUUACCGUCAUCAAUCGUACCAAGGAGACCCUCCAGAACUUGUGCUUGGAAUUGAGUACCAUGGGUGAUCUCAAACUGGUGGAUCAUCCGCAAAACUACACACUAGCACCAGAAUCAAGCAAGCAAAUAAGAGCCAAUAUUAAAGUUUCAUCCACUGACACAGGAAUGAUAUUUGGUAACAUUGUCUAUGAAACUUCAAAUGUGCUUGAGCGAAAUGUCAUUGUUCUUGAUGACAUUAACAUUGAUAUUAUGGAUUACAUUUCUCCAUCAGCAUGUGCUGAUGCGGUAUUUAGAACUAUGUGGGCUGAAUUUGAGUGGGAAAACAAGGUUUCCGUAAACACUGUUAUUCAAGACGAGAAGGAAUUUUUGAACCUCAUCAUCAAGUCAACAAAUAUGAAAUGCUUAACUCCACCAUCGGCACUGGAAGGAGAUUGUGGGUUCCUUGCUGCUAACCUGUAUGCAAAAAGCAUCUUUGGAGAGGAUGCUUUGGUAAAUUUGAGCGUUGAGAAACAAGUAGAUGGUAAACUGAGUGGAAACUUCAGAAUAAGGAGCCAGACUCAAGGUAUCGCUCUGAGUCUUGGGGACAAGAUAACUCUUAAGCAGAAAGGAGGCAGUUGAAUGGACUAAAUACCUACAUUUUGAUAGAUUUUUAUUCAACAUUUUUUGGGUAAAUAGGAAAAAGAUGCAACUUAAUGUAUCUAAUAGACACUUUCUUUUUUUUUCUUUUUUUUUUUUCCUGCUCUACACCUCUAUCUUUUCAGUAAAUUUGCAGUUAAUUCAGCUUUAAUAUCUUCAUUUUAAUUGGA